AUGCGAGGAGAGCCACGGUCAGCGACCCUACGAUGCUACUCCGCAGACGCUCCCCAAUACGGCCACGUUCAUCUUCAUCAAAUCCCCACGAUUCCCACCACGAGCCACGCUAACGAAGCGAGCGUUAUCAGCAGACAAUUAGUUGGUGGCGAGGCUAAGACGCAGACUGACGACUCCACGAGUAGACUGGGGAACGGUUCGACUAUCGGUUCAAAGAGGGGAACGGCACACGACUCGCCACUAGCCCAGUUUAGGAAGGGAAUCUACGACGCAGCGACACCACGGCCCGACGUCACUGCGAUAUCCGGAAUAUCGCCAGGAAGCAGACGAGGAGGCGAACGACGCGAGGGACCCUCUUGGCAGCCGAUGGAUGGCGAGCCUCUUUUGAAUGUUUCCCUUGGAGGUUUCUUUAUCUUGGACGUUUAG